UAUUUAUAGGAAACUGCCCAUCAAAGGAGGGAUUGAGAGUAUACUUUCCGGUUUAUUAAUUGACAGGGAAGGCAUUAUUUCAAGCUAGAUAAAAUGGGUGGCGAUAGGGUAUUUACGUCUCUGCUAGUGGCGGUUCUUGUGGCGGUGACAGUUGGGGCUCAAGAGGUUCAAGGCCCAGUGCACCAUGUAGUAGGCAGCGACCGCCGUUGGAACGCUGAUUCCGACAUCGGUUCUUGGUUGUCCGGUCGAGUCUUUAGGGUUGGUGACAGAAUUUGGUUCACCUACUCAGCACCACAGGAAAGCGUUGUGGAGUUGCAGAGCCUGGAGGAAUUUCAAUCGUGUGAUCUCUCAAACCCUAUCAAGAUGUACACGGACGGUGUAAAUCAAAUUCCACUUGAAAGGGAAGGGAGCAGGUACUUUGUGAUUGGGAACCAGGAAAGUUGCAAUAAUGGUCUGAAGCUACACGUUGAUGUGAAGCCUUCCGAUCUACAGGAGCUACCUAACCCUAAUCCAUGGCCGCUGCCGAAUCCGACACCAUUUCCUCCGCAGCCUAAGCCGGAGCCUCCACCAAAGCCUGAGCCUGAGCCGACCACUCCACCCCCCUCUGCCUCGACCCAAUUGAGUGGGCUUUCGUUUGGGCUGUUUGUUGGUCUUCUGCUUUGCUUGUUGGGCCUGUAGUUUGCCCGUUUCUGAAGGAUCUGUCUGGAUUGUUUAGUAAUUGGGAGUUUAGUUGAACUUGUUUAAAUAAGUAUCUGCUUUUGUUUGUGCUAUUAAACAAAACCACAUCGCUUGGUUGUAUUUGAACCAAUUUUAUUGGGUUCUAUCAUCUAUGUGAGAUUGUUCCAGUCUUUGCUAAUGGGAUAUUUUCCAGUUUGGAAUGACUAUUUUGCCCAUAUAAGAGAAUUGGUUAAAGGCA